AAAACAAUAUAAUAACACUCUGGAACCUUAAAAAACAAUGUAAUAAUGGUCAGGAAAUAUUUAAAAUAUGUAAUAAACUCUAAUGAAGCCACUUAUUGUCAAUCAAAAUUUAAGAGUCAUUAAUAUGCAGAGAAACAAUACACAAAACCUAUCAACAUAUAUUAAUCCAAACACAUUUCAGAUACUUUAAUCAAGAAAAAUAGGCUAUCCCCAAUAACUUGUAUGGUCAAAGUCCUUAUACGCUUACUGCAGUGCCACCACCGACGUUGCAACCUCACCCACUUUGUCAUCCACCGAUUCAACCCCACUCACUUGGUCAUCUAUGGUUUUGCCGAUGAAGAGUACAGAUCGGGUCAGGGCCUUCACAAAAGUGAAUCAAGAACUUGAUAGCAGUCACCACCUCCUUGGAGCAAUCAACUCCGAAACCCACAUGCCCGUUGCCGUCUCGUAGAUCUUGUUGAGAAAUCAAAGAUUGACGAAGAGAACUCGUAGAUCUUGCAGCAUCUGGAGAAGACGACGAGAGAGAGGUUACGGAGAGAAGUUGCUAGAUUAUGGUAAAAAGAAGUUGGCAACCAAGAAGCUGUGGAUGUUGUGGUUCGAUUAUAUUUUCCUGGGAAAAAUUCCGACGCAUGGAGUUUGUUUCAAAGAUGAAAAUGAUGAUUAUGGCCAUGUAAAUGUAAAUCCUUUGUCAAAUAUCAGAAGGAUUUCACUGGUCAAACAACACAAAGGAUCAAGUCCCUCUCCAAGCCCAUAAGAAAGCUGAUGGUUGGAAAGACAGUGAAAAUGACUAUGCUACUGCAAAAGAAAGUCCCUCCAUCAAAGAUAAGAAGGGUUUCAUUUUUCAAACAACAGAAAGGGACAAGUCAGUCACCAAAUGAUGGGAAAAUAGAUAGUUGGAAAGAAAGUCGAGAUGAUUAUGCCAGCAAAAAUGAAUUUCCUCCUUCAAAGUCAAGAAGCAUUUCAAGUCAACCAUAAAAACAUGAAGAUGGAGACUCUUAGCCAAGAGAACCUCGGAUGUAAGAAAACACCUGCUUCUGAAGGGCUAUUGGCUGCUAGCAAGGAUCUUGUGAACCUUGCCAUAAGCAUGGGCAGUCUAGACGACAUAACCGUGAUGGUAAUUGAUUUAAAUCACUUCAGAAGCAACAAUUGAUAUUUUAGGCUAAUCUAGCAAUCUCCUGUACAUAGCUGAAGAAGAGUAGCUGCCAGUGACCAGGCCCAAAAAACAAUGAAGUGAAUCAUGCAUGAAUCAAUUGGGAUUCCGGCUUGCUUUACAUCCAGCGAGAAGCAAACUGAUGAUCCGGCUGCCAUAACUCGGUCAGGCCAGAGUAUGUACAUGUCAGUCUAUCAAACAAAGAUAGCAGGUGAGUGCCGUCUCAUCACCAUCACUUGGUGCAAAAAUCUAUUGCUACAUGGUCUAUCUGUGUCUGUUCAAGGACCAGAAGGAAAUAAGCAUUAUCAGUGCAAGGUUGAACUCAAGCCUUGGAACUUCUGGAGAAAGCAAGGGGCUAGUCAGUUUAUAGUGGAUGGUAGGAGAGUUGAAGUAGUUUGGGACUUCAGGGCUGCAAAGUUCAACGGCGAGACAGAGCCGCGAUCAGGUUACUAUGUAGGCAUUGUCAGUGAAGAAGAGGUGGUUUUACUUCUUGGUGAUAUGAAAAAAGAUGCAUAUAGAAAGACAGGGUGCAGGCCUUCUUUGAUUGACCCCAUUUUGGUUUCAAGGAGGGAACAUGUUUUUGGCAAGAAGAAGUUCUUAACAAGAGUUAACUUGAAUGAGAAAGGUAAAGUCCAAGAGAUAUCAAUUGAAUGCAACAGUGGCAUAUGCAGUAACAAGAACAACAACAAUGCUGAUGGAUUUGAUCCUGAAAUGGAAAUAAGAUUGGAUGGGAAACUAGCAAUUCAUGUCAAGCAUCUCCACUGGAAGUUCAGAGGCAAAGAGUCGAUCCAUGAAAGUAAAACCACAGUAGAAGUGUAUUGGGAUGUACAUGACUGGCUCUUUGGUUCUGGUACAAGGCAUGGUUUGUUCAUAUUUAGGCCAACUACUUCCUCAUCUUCUGCAUCUCCUCCAUCAUCAGAAUCAACACCAUCACCACUUCCAGCAGAGGAAGAUAACUCAAAUGGGUCAUCUGGGUUUUGUUUGUUUCUAUAUGCUUGGAAGUUAGACUGAAUGUUUUGGUCCUUUCACUAUCAUAAUCAGACCAGACACAGCAUGAUCGAUCUCCUAGGAAUUGAAAAAGGAGAGAUGGUGGAUGGUCUUCCAUUGCAAUGUGUUCACUUCCUGACCAGCACAUGGGGCCCAAAUAUAGCUGGAAGUUUGUCACAGCUCAAGAAGAUUGGACUUGCCAGAUUGGAUCUUAUACAAUGACUCCAUUAUCCAUUAAAAAAAGUGUAUGAUCUUCUUAAAGCUCCUGCUUUCCUUUUGUUUCUGUUAACGUUUGUAUCAAAAAGCCUAGAUUGGGUGUGUGUAUCUAUAGAACUUCUAUAAACAUGUGAGCUUGUCAUUGUUUCCAAUAGUUAAUAAUGCAUACAAUAGUAGUCAAUAA